AUGCAAGCAAAAAUCAAUUCUUUCUUCAAGGCCUCUCCUUCUCCGUCUCCCAUCGCUGCAUCAACAACCUCAGACACAGACGAUGCUUUAGCCGUCUGGGAGAACAGUCGGAACACCAUCGUCAACACCUACGAGCGUCGAUCUGCAAUCGCCGAUAGUAGUGAAGUGCUUAAGGAGAGCAACGAGAAUCCACUGAGGAAAGGAUCUUCUUUGGCAUCUAAAAAUCUGAAGAAGAAGCGCAAUUAUACCCAAUUCCACUUAGAGCUGGGCCAAUCUGAUUUUCUUCUCAGAGAAUGCGUAGAGUGUGGAGUGAAGUAUGCUCCUGGAGAUGAAUCAGAUGAGAAGAGCCAUCAAAGUUUCCACAAAAACUACAUGCUUGGAAUUCCCUUUAAGGGUUGGCAGAACGAGAGAGCUUUCACAUCACCUUUGUUAAACAAGAAUCGCAUUGUUUUGGUAUUGGAAAAUGAUUCUCCUGCACACAGAAACAAGGUGCAAGAGGUUGUGAAAAUGAUGGAGGUUGAGCUAGGUGAGGACUGGAUCAUUCACAAACAUUGUAAGGUUUACCUAUUAGUUUCCUCUCAGAGGAUAGCUGGAUGUCUAGUUGCAGAACCAAUUAAGGAAGCGUUUAAGGUCAUAGCUCCUCUUGGUGAUGAAAGACAGUUAAAGAAAGAGAGCUUCUCUCCUUCAACCUCCAUACAGUUUGGAAACAUUGUGUUGCAAAGGCAAGUGUCGAAACGAUGUCGAGCAUCAGAUAAUAAACUAGAUGAUGGAGCCAUUGUAUGUGAGGAAGAAGCUAAACCGGCUGUUUGUGGAAUAAGAGCGAUUUGGGUGUCACCUUCUAACAGAAAAAAAGGCUUAGCUACACAGUUACUUGAUACAACGAGGGAAAGCUUCAGGGAUGGGUGCGUUUUGGAGAAAUCUCAGUUGGCGUUCUCACAACCAAGCUCCAUGGGAAGAGCUUUUGGAGCUCAUUAUUUUGGAACUUCUUCAUUCUUAGUUUAUAAAGCUUCACUAUGA